GGGGGGGGGGCGAAACCAGACGUGUGUGUGUGUGUGUGGAGGGAGGAGGAAGAGAGUGGGAGGAGUUUCUCAUCUGCCGCUGCUGAAGUGAGGGCAGACCCAUCUCAAUAGUCUGGACCACGUACAGGUCCGGCCCCAUCCCAGUCCAUCAGGUUCGACAGCCGUUUGCACAGAGAAGCGCGUUUUUCCAGAAAGUCCAUUUUGUUCGGGAAAAAAAGUGAAGAUGGAGCGCAUGGAAGAUGAUAAGCCCAAGCAGAAGAAAAUCACCUGCUUCCUGCUCUACUGCGUGUCCACUGCCGUCAUCGGUUCGCUGCAGUUUGGUUACAACACCGGGGUCAUCAAUGCACCUGAACAGAAACUGCGUAGGUUCUUUCAAAAUGUUUCUCUGGAGCGCUUCAACGAGCCCUUCAGUCCGGGAGCCACCACCAUGGUGUGGAGUUUUGCGGUGGCCAUCUUUAGUGUGGGCGGCAUGUUGGGCUCCUUCAGCGUGGGGGCCAUGGUCAACAAGUUUGGCAGGAAGAAAUCGAUGCUGUUGGCCAACGUUCUGGCCCUGCUGGGAGGGGCCCUGAUGGGACUCUCCAGCCUGAGUCGCUCUUUCGAGAUGGUCAUCAUCGGACGCUUGAUCAUCGGCGUCUUCUGCGGUCUGUGCACCGGACUGACGCCCAUGUACGUGGGCGAGAUCGCCCCCACCGCCCUCCGAGGGGCCUUCGGAACCCUGCACCAGCUAGGCGUGGUUAUCGGCAUCCUGGUGGCGCAGAUCUUUGGUCUGGAGUCUCUUCUGGGCUCGGAUACUCUGUGGAGCGUCCUCCUGGCCUUGACCGCCCUUCCUGCCAUCCUGCAGAGCAUCAUGUUGCCCUUCUGCCCCGAGAGCCCCCGCUACCUUCUCAUUGUCCUCAAGCAGGAGGAGGAGGCCAGGAAAGCGCUGGUGCGGCUGCGCGGCUGCGAGGACGUGAGCGACGACAUCGACGAGAUGAAGGAGGAAGGGAUGCGGAUGGCCAUGGAGAAGAAAGUCACCAUCCCGGAGCUCUUCCGCUCACGGAACUACCGCCAGAUCAUCAUCAUCGCCAUCGUUCUGCAGCUCUCUCAGCAGUUUUCGGGCAUCAAUGCCGUCUUCUACUACUCGACGGGCAUCUUUGCCUCGGCGGGCGUAACUCAACCCAUCUACGCCACCAUCGGCGCCGGAGUGGUCAACACCGUGUUCACCGUCGUUUCCCUCUUCCUGGUGGAAAAGGCGGGCCGAAGGACCUUACACCUGAUCGGACUGGCCGGAAUGGCCAUUUCUGCCUUGCUCAUGACCAUCUCCCUUUCUCUGGUGAAAUCGACCCCGUCUCUGAGCUACUUGGCCAUCGUGGCCGUGUUCGGCUUCGUGGCCAGUUUUGAGAUGGGUCCGGGUCCCAUCCCCUGGUUCAUCGUGGCCGAGCUCUUCGCCCAGGGCCCUCGACCCGCCGCCAUGGCCGUCUCCGGUUUAUCCAACUGGACCGCCAACUUCCUGGUGGGCCUUGGUUUCCCCAAACUGGAGGAACUCUGCGGUCCUUACGUGUUCAUCAUCUUCAUGGUCUUGCUCAUCCUCUUCUUCAUCUUCACUUUCCUGCGGGUGCCCGAGACCAAAGGAAGGACCUUCGACGACAUUGCUCAAGGAUUCGCCGCCAGCGCCGCCGCCAAAUCCCCCAGCUCCCCCGCGCCCGAAGCGGAGGUUGCGGACCAACCCGGGAGCAAAGAACCUGCGCCCAUGUCCCCCUCGGAAAAGGUCCCCAUGGUGGCUCUUCCCGCGGAGAAUCCCUAAAUGAGAAAGAAAGUCAUGUGACAAGAAAGCGGGUCGAAAAGGUCAGUGGGACGACAUCACAUUUGAGUGAGCCUUUUUUGUAGUGUCAAACAAAUCACACUUAACAGGGUGCUUUGUGGGGGGGUUUUUGUGUGUGUUUUUUUUUUUUUUCUUUUCAUGUGGAAAUACCAAAAUAAUUAACCGAGGUCCUUGUAAACCUGCUUAAACGGAACCGCCAGGCCUUUCAAAGUUUGUUGACAUGCCUCGCAUACCGCCUCCUUUGUAAGAGGAUCAACCUGGGUUCAGUGUUCAGAACCCCCCCCCCCGCCAUCGGCCGCGUUAGGAGGUUACUGGAUUCCAGCUUUUAGAUAUUGAGGUCGAGCUCGGAAAAGCCAGGCUGACCUCGAAAACACUGAUGGCGCGGGCCCCGCCCUCCUCCCAGACCUUUCCCUGAGAUCCACAGGGGAAGACUGCCCGCCGACAGACCCCCCCCCCCCAAAAAAAAAGAAAUCAAUCCAAGCAAGGUCAGCCGUAUCAUUCUGCAGCAUAGGAACUGUUGGUGUGUGUGUGUGUGUGUGUAUAUACUUUGUAUUUGUUGGCCUCUGCUGCUCAAGAAGAAACGAGUUUGCGUGCACGUCUACUGCAAACGAGAAAUUUUGAUGGUAUGACGAUGAGGUGGCGCUUCAGCUCUUUGCGGGACUUUUUGCGUGACGACCGCUUGCAGCUUUCUCCGAUCAAAUGCAGCGCAAUGUACCACGUUGCUGUUUCGCCCGCCAUCUGCUGGCCUCUUGGUCAUGAAGUGAGUUGAGGAGCUUCAUUUGGACAAACGUAGUCAAAAUGAUCAAAGAGAAGGAAGCAGUGGAAACGUUUUGGAGGGGGGGGGAGUCGAAAACUUGCAUAGGCCUGUAGAGUGGCAAAAGUAGUGGCUGGCAGUGUUGCUUUUAAAUUGGUGAAGGUCAAUUAGUUUCAAUUGAUUUUUGGAACAGGUUUGAUUGAUUUUAAUAGUUCAAAAUGCUGCGUUCGUGUUUCCUUUUAUUCCGUUUAGUAUUAGAUUGAGCUUCUUUUUUUCCAUGUAAGGAAUAUUUGUUCACUGCAAGAUCAAAA